AUGGAAACUGCUGCCAGUCUUAUUGCAUUCAUACAAGUCGCUGGGAAGAUUGUAGAACUCAUCAUCGAGGUCAAUCAACUAUGGGGCGAGGCCAAAGAUCUCCCAGGUGAUCUCAGAGACAUACUUGAAGAGCUGGACGACUAUGCCCUCGUAUUCGAAGAGUUGAAGGAGCAAAUCGAAUAUGACCAGACACAUAAUACGCGGUCUAACGGCUCCUGCAUGAGCCGUAGUUUCAUGGCUGCGACAAAAGCGAAGGAAAUCCUAAAAGAACUCGUUGAAGAGAUCAAUAUGACCAUUCAUUCGAAGAAGGAAGGCUUACAGCGUAGGCUGAGCUCUUUCAAACUUCUUAUGAAGAAGGAAAAGAUCGAGAGGUAUCAGAAAAGGCUUCAACGGUCUAUCACAUUGCUUCAAACCGCCAUAAGUACUUACCAAAUUGCGAUGAUGAGACAGAACACGGAGAUAAUCGUGGGCAGAGUCACAGAUAAUUUUAGUGAAAAGUUCGAAUAUCUACAACUGAAUCAAACUUCGAUGCUUGCCACAUCUGCAGCUUACCAGACGGAACAAAAGCAGCUAUGUGGAAGCUCAAAUAGCAAACAACAAGAAUUGUGCACUCCACAGCGAGGAAGACUGCCUUCCUCCAAACAAUAUACCUCUUCAUGGACAGGACACUUUUCCAUGAGCCGUACCAGUGCAGAGGGUGCCUGGCAGGCAUACCUUCAACUUCCCAGCUGGCUCUCCCAAUCAACGCACAUCUUCCAAUCGUAUCCGACUAGGUCUGGUUGGACCUUCAACUAUCGUGUGUACAAUAUCGUUGCUCCAGAUUCCGAAAUCAUUGCGCGAAUUCACAAUGGGGAUAAGAACGGCGUUUUAGAACUAUUCAGCGCACGAAAAGCAUCCCCUUUUGACAAAGAUUCGGAUGGAGCUUCAUUGCUAUAUCACGCUGCGCGGUCAAAACAUUACGACAUCUGCAAGCUUUUGUUAAACAUGGGCUUGGAAGAUACAUUAUUUGAGGUCGUAGGCCGUGAUAGAGAAAGUCCCCUGAAACCGCUUGUGUACAAUCCAGAAAAGGAUGCCAUGGGACAUGACUGGGAAAGAAUAGUGACGCUUUUCCAAACAUAUCUUCAAGAUCCAGAAGAUAUGCCUGUUACACGCCUGUUCGACUUCCUUCACGAAUGGGCACACUCUGACAAUUUUGUCUUUAUCUUCCGGACCAGAUUCAUGCCCAAGUAUUACACAUGGCCCAGCCGAAUCCGGUUUGAAGCAGUGAGACUGGGCUCAUUUCAUUUGAGAUCUUGUGCCAGCCUUCCAAAACUUCUAUCAGAGGACUCAAAGGUCUCACAGUUGGAUGUGUCUCUGUCGAGCCACGAGAACUUCUCAUUGUUGCACUCAGCAGCUAUAUCUUUAGGGAUCCGCUUUGCAGACGAGGCAAUACCGAAACGACGUGGAGAGUUCCAAUGGGGUACUUACAACGAUGGUUGGGACGACUUUGUGAUCGACAUUGCGUCAGUUUCUGAAUCCGAAGACCUUCAUCAUGUCGAAGCAGUGAGUCCAUGGGAUGUCUACAAAGUACCACAAUGGAAAGGGACCCCCUUGUUCUCCCUUCUUGGAGGUACGCUCUGCUACUUGACUACUGGAACAUCCUUCUUCCAUUGGAAUCAUGUAUUCCAGAAAACUCUACACCAGUGGCUCGGAGACCUCAAGAUAGCAGGGGUCGAUUUGCUACGAUAUGGCACACGAGAGAGGGGUUUUUUCCGCGACCAUGUGUUGCGUGGUGCGUUCGAUUCCAAUGCGAUCACAUCGUCUCGAGUGUUGAUAAGAGAGGCCAUGGCAAACGGGUCUUACGAUACCAACGUGACCCAUUCAUUGCGGGAAAAUAUCUCUGAAAAUCGCUGGAUCCCAAUUAGAUUGGUUGACUUGAAGGUUGGCGAAGAUAUAACUGAUUGGGAGAUACUGUGGGCUCCAGAGUUUGAGUAUAUGGCUUGUGAGUUUUGGAGGCUGUUUGAAGAAGAAGAAAACACUAUGAUUCCAGGCGCAUGGGUUGAGGACUAG